UGCUCGCUUCUCAGCCAACAAGCAAAGCCAGCCACGGAUCCUCGUUGGUCGUUCCAAUUGUAUAGGCAGAUACCAAAAAAAAAAGAAUUGCUGUUUUAUUUUGUUAUUUAAGAGCUUGAUUAAAAUUGCUCGGUAAUAUGACGAAUUAUACUCAUUUUCAAACACAGAUAACCACUGUUAUGGAAAUCAUGACAAAGACAGCGAUCGCAGAAAUUACCAAACUUUUUGACGACAGUUCCUCAGUUUUGUAUUUGAAAAUAUCUAGCAGUUUAGAUGAGAAUGAAGCGCUGAAAAAUAAACUAAAUUUGCUGCAGCACGAGCUGACGACGGCGCGGAAAGGGGCAAUGGAACGAGCUCGUGAGAGUCCUGUCAAAACUCGAUCUGUGGGAGUUCAAGUUUUCGGUGAAUUGGAAGAGCAGCACAGAAAGAGAGUAUUUGGUCAGGAGUGCAGCUUCAUUCUGAGAAGAGAUGGAGAACCUGCAGGUGUGGAAGAGUCUGCAAACAUGGAGGUCAGGGCUGAACCAGUUCUUAUCAAGCAGGAGAGACAGGACUUGUGUUACAGUGACCCACUGACCACACCUGUGGAAGAGGAACAGGUAACACAGCCCACACCUGUAGGAGAUGUGAAGAAACCGGACACAGAGCCCACACCUGUAGGAGACCCAGAGGAGCUGAGUGAGCAGCACAGGUGUGGACACGGUGAUGAGGAGCUCAGUGGACUGGAGUUUGUGGUGAAGGCAGAGCAAGAGGAAGAGCAUGUAGCCCAGAGACUCAAUCAGACAGGAUGUGAACCCAGUGCAGGAAGACUCAACAAUCUGGGCUCUGAGUAUGUAAUGUAUGAGAGAGACAGUCAGUUUUGGACUUCCUUUACACAGGGGGACAGUGACAUAGAGACUGAUGAUCCAGUUUGUUCUACCGCUAUAGAACAUUGCUCACAGAAUCUGUCAAUUCACACACAGCUACAACAUGCUCCUACCACCAUGGAAGUCUCUGGAAACACACUGUCCUCUUUUGGGCCUUCGUAUUUUACAGAGUUUGAUCAGAUGGGUGAGAAGCCGUCUGCUUGCAGUGAGGAGCUCAGAUCAGAGGCCAUUCACACACAGCAGGGUCAGUACAGAGAGAGACUUGUGCACACAGUGGAGAGAGAGAAUCAGACAUUACUGCCCCAGCAGCAGCAACAUGGACCCUCAGUAAAACACAUGAGAGGCAGUGAGAGCCCAGCCCAGCCACACUCAGGCUCUCAGUAUGAGACCAGCUCUACUCUGAGUACCUGUGCUUUCAACACUGGGAAGGUGGGAAGUCUGGUAAAGAAGUCUGGUAUGAGAGAGAAACUGUUAAUUUGUGCACACUGUGGAAAGACUUUUGAUCACUCCAGUCAAUUUAAAAUACACCAGAGAAUUCACACCGGGGAGAAACCGUACAGCUGUACUCACUGUGGAAAGAGAUUCAGUCUGAGGUGCAAUCUUAUCACACAUCAGCGAAUUCACACUGGGGAGAAACCGUUCCGUUGCGCACAUUGUGGGAUGUGUUUUGCCCAGCAGUCUAGUCUCACAACGCACCAGCGAAUACAUACAGGGGAAAAACCAUUUAUUUGUGGCCAGUGUGGGAAGAGUUUCGCUCAGUCAAGUAGCCUUCGAACACACCAGAGAGUUCAUAGUAGAAAUUGACAUGUCCAUUCCG